GCCUUCCGCAUAGCAGGUCAUCCAAUACAGGGCAUGCUGAAAGGCUGACAUAAGCCCAGAGACAUCCGAAAUCCGUGGCUUCGCACUGGUGUAAACGCAGCCGGGUGUGCGAAGAGGUAAACUUUGUGUUUAGAUUCUGAAACCGGGAGGGACUUGGAGAGAAACGUCAGCGACGCAAACCUAUAAAUCUAUCUCCCAGGCAGCAUCUCCUGGCAAAGAGUUCGCGCUGUGCGCAGGCAGCGGCACAUCUGUAUUAAGUCGAAACCUGCAUCCCCCUUCAUCGCUUCCAGCAUAUUAUCCCGGGAGAACAGAAGGGGGAUUAAAAGCGAUCUUCUCACGUUGUCGGGAGAUACCCUAAUCAAGUGUGGAUUGUAGAAGCGAUUCAUCCUACUUCUGACAUUCCAGUUGGAAUUAAUAUUGCUGGGUGACGCGAUCUGCCUUCGUGUACCGAAGACUGUCCCUAUUUUUUUUAACAUUUCUUGAAAAGUAUUCGUCUUGAUAUAACUCAAGAGUCUGGAUCCCGUUUCUCAGCUGUUUUUUUUUUAUACCCAAACUAUCUCAGCCAGCUGCUGUUACAGGAGCCCCGAUGUCUUCAUUUGACGCCUUGCAGUUGCUGAUGGUGGGUAUCGCUCAGAUUUCUAGCGUGGAUCUAAGCAUCCAGUUUGCAUACAACUGAGUUUGAGAGAGACCGGUCACAGACUGACCGCGCUUGUACCUGUGGCUCCCUGUGUGAUUUCUGCACGGUUGAGAGCGGACGCGAAGCGAUUUCAAAACUGUGCAGAUUUAAUUACCCCAUCCCCUGCGCGGGCAGGAAAGAAGAUAAAUCGGGUGUGAUUUUUCUGAAAUUUGAUUUUUUUCCCCCUCUCGGGACACCUGUGGUGUGUCAACGCUGGAAGAAUUAAAUGCUUUUCUUGCGGUUUUUCUUGGAUUUUCUAAUUAAUGCUCAAAACAGGUCUGUUCAGACCCAAUAAAAGGUUCCUUCGUAGGAAUUGACUCUAAAAUGAAGUUAUGGGAUGUUUUGGCCACGUGUUUGUUGCUGCUGAAUGCCGUUUCCACGAGUCCACUCUUCAGAAGCAGACGAGAAGGGAAAAGGUCGGAAUUUCUGGAACAGCUACGCGAAGUUCCUUCGUUGCUGCUGGACGGAUCUGAAUCUGUAUCUGUCAGCUUAGAAUCGUCCCCUGAAGACGAGUACGACAUGCCGGAGCUGAAUCCAGAGCAGUUCGAGGAUGUUGCGGAUUUUAUCCAAGCGGCGUUAAAGAGACUGAAAAGGUCCUCGGGUGGGGAAGUCCCCUCUGGGAGCAAGAGGGACCGGAGUCAGCGGAGGGCCUUGGCGAACGCAGACGGCUCCAGGAAGAAAUCCGGCGGCAGGAGUAGAAGCCGGGGCUGCGUGCUGAAGGAGAUCCACUUAAACGUCACAGACCUGGACUUGGGCUACCACACCAAAGAGGAGCUCAUUUUCAGGUACUGCAGCGGGUCCUGCAACGCCCCAGAGACCACGUACGACUUGAUACUGAAAAACCUCACGAAGAACAAAAAGCUGGGCAAGGAGAGAGUGAAGCCGCAGGCCUGCUGCCGGCCCACAGCCUUCGACGACAACCUGUCGUUUUUAGACGACAGCCUGGUCUACCACACGCUCACAAAACAUUCCGCCAAGAAAUGCGGCUGCGUCUGACCUCGGCUCGAAGCCGAAAGGAAGGACGCGGCGCAUUCCUGCAGGGUUGAAACAAGGAACCAAGGGGCCGCAGGUGACUUCUGGAGCCAGGCUGGAAACAGGACCAAGGUUUGGAAUCAGGGAAGCUCUGGGGAGUGGAUGGAAGGUGGAAAAUGAAAACAAAUUAAGCUUAGCAUCUAGACAGCCAGAGGUGCAAUGACAAUUUCCUUGUGGAGGUCACAGGGGAAACUGGGUACACAACUCCUCUUUACAGCCUCUUUUUCCAAAUUUGCCUCAACCAUCCCUGGCCUAAAGGGGCUCUAUUCUAGUUCCCUGCUGCCCGAUUCUGUGCUCAUAAGCAUAGCCUAAAUGCAUCAGAGGAAAAUGGGCCCACAUUUCAGAUAAGAAGUGUUUUACAUUCCCGAUCAAGUGCAGUUAAAAAUAACACCAAAAAUAACCAAGUACUUGUUUAGAAACAGAAGACAAAACACCUAGAUUUAUCCCUUUGAUAGAUUAUAUAUCUUAUACGAGUUUUAAAACUGGUUCCAGUGUUACAGAUAAAUGAUGUCUUGUCCAGACCCUGAUUUUUUUUUUGAUCAUGCAGUCAGAUGGUGUGUUAUUUACAACCCCAUAGAAAAAGAACAGACAGACUGGACGACAGUAGAAACUACACAAUUAAGAAAAAUGCUGUUACAAGCCAGGUCUCCCCUCAUUCCUGUUAUGUUUGUUUACCUGGCUGGAUGUACUGUAUAAUCAGUACCUUCUUUUUUUCAGUGCACAUCACAGGAGGGAAUGGCGAUUAAAAGGAUGCAUUUCUUGCAGUCUAGGUCCAGAUACUGAAGGUAUCAAGUGUGGAAAUGAAGGAAAGCUGUGUGUAUGAGCCAUGUAUUGGUUAGCUCAGACCUGGCUAUGCUGCUCAGAAUGGAUUUUAAAAGUUUACAUAAAAGACUGCUCUUUCUCCGACAGAACAUUUGACUCGCACCAAGGCUGGUCACUGCGGCCGAGAAUAAAGUACCUGAUGCAAUGCAUCUAUCAGAUUCUUAGAUACUGUAUAUUAAAAAAGACAAUAUUUAUUGAGA